GGGCAGUCCGUUUCCACACACGCCGUGUGUAGUCGGUGUGUUUAUCUCGCGCCGUGUGUUAAGUGUGUAACGCGAAGUGCACACGUCGUUGCGCGCCCGAUCCCGUGGCCUAUAAAUAUUCAGCAGCAGUAUUCCGUGGUCGUCCGUGUGUACUCGUUCGUUGCACAUUUGUACAUCAUUCCGUUCGCCGUGGUUUUGCGCUUUUAUUGAACGUGUGCAUUGUUUGUAUAUCUUGUAAUUUCGUACGCGCGGGACGUGCAAGGCGACGAAAGGUAGAAGAAAAAAAACCGGUCGAUCCGCGACCGCAAUCGAACGUGUGUGUACGUGCACUGGUAUUAUGAAAUAGACGAGGGUACGCGUGCUCGGGUGUUGUACGUUUACGGAGAGCGGUACAUAACUUAAUAUUAUAUUAUAAACGUUGCGGCCGGGACAGCCCCACGCGCGUACUGGUACUGCGACGUUGUUACUGCAGCGGUACCGCACACGUUGCACACGGACGCGCGCGCGUGCGCGUCGUAAUUCACGCCGUCCGGUGUUUCUGUUCGCGAUGAUGGACGACGACGACGACUACAGUAAAACGUGCGGUCCCGUGAUGGACCGGCGGAACCCGGUAAACCUGGACGAGCUGUUCGUGCCGCUCAGCGUCAAGUCCAAAGAGUGCGACAACCUUGUGGCCGUGGCCGAGGAGGAGUCCUCAGCCGAAGACGACGAGCCUGCAGAAACCGCCGCGGCGGCCGACCCUGUAGUCGCCAAAGCUACUAGCCUAGUGAACGACAUCAACUCAAGGUUUUCCAACGAUUACACGCAGACCGUCGGACCAUACUUGGACAUGGCCGACCCUUCGCGCAAGGUCAGCGUCCGCGACUUGUUCAAACCGCUUGACUGCAAGUCAAAAGAAAUGCAAGACUUGACAGAAGAACACUCUUCUGACGAGGAAGACGGCAAGGGUGGUGACGGCGGUGGUGACGUUCAUCAUUCGACUGGUGCCGAGUACGACACGCAGCAGCCACCGCAACAGACUCAAACAUGUGGCCCAGUGAUCAUUGACAGCGGCAACCAGCCGGCCAAACAGCAAUUGGAACGGAUUUUUGAUCGAAAUCCGCAUGAGGGUGCCGAUGAUGGUGAAAAGGAACUGCAAGAGCAGAAACAGGAGCUACUGGAUAGCGAUGAUAAGACGUCUUCACCCGAAGAUGAUAAUGGAGGUCCACAGCGAUUGCCCGCGGACCCAAAUCACGGUGUAUUAACUACUAAGGACGGUACGCCAUUGAUCCGGUUGCGGAGUAAAAAGUCAAUUAUGGAAUCGAGAUUCAAAUUAACUAUGCGCACGUGGGACGACGUAUGGAAGUCGACGGCUUGGGCGAAGUUUGCGCCUGAAAAGCUAAAGCAGACCUUGCAGAGAUCGACUAGGAAUCAGGGUGAACUGAAAGCUAGUAGCAAAGGGACCGCAGUGGUAGGGGCAGAUUUGGGAAUGACAGGAAAAACGGGUGAAGGCGAGACUUCGAAAACGACUCCGGUGCUGGUGAAGAAAAGCCGAUUCAGAGUGACGCCACAUGUGCAGAUCGACGACCAGCCGCUGGUGACUGUGACUGCGCCGCCGCCCAAGCGUUCGACGCCAAAACCACCCCUGUCUUCGUCGAGCGGCAGCAGCGACACAGACAGCGAUCGGCUGCCGGCGGGUCUGCCGAUGAUCGAAAGCAACCUGAACGAGCUGACAAUGGUGGAGUCCGAGCUGAAGAAGUUGGAACGUGAACACGCCGCCAAGCAUCAGCUGCUGACCCCCAAAAGUGACGGCGGUUCAACGGAGCAAAAUUCGACCGCGGAUGACGGUGGGGUAGCUGGCGACGGUCGGAAACAGCAGCACCAGCUGCAACAACGCAGCGGCGUUGUUGGUGACAGGAAGAAGGGCAAAGUUUCUAGCCCGAAGGUCGGUUCUAGGGCUGCGGAAACACACUCCAAACGGUUGGGCUGGCUAAAAGCGUUCCGCAGAAAAUCGUCCGCAGACACUAGUUCGGAGACGACAGCGACACCCGCCUCGACAGCCGUUCAACCCGCGGCCUCUACCAAGUCGACGAAACAUAAGCAACACUCCGCCGCCAAAUCGUCGACCGGUGUUAAGCCGUCGUCGCCUAGACAUCAGAAACAACGGACCUCCGCUAGACCAAGGCAACAGCAACAUCAUCAUACCCGGACGUCGGCGGUGUCUGCUACCGCGACAAUUCCACCGGGUAGUGAUGCAGCGACCAAUAAUAGUUCUACUGGAGGAGGGGGCAGUAGUGCUUCUGCGGUAACAAGUACACGUGGAUCGUCCCGCAGUCGAUCAUCCGAAGAGCCACAUAUCGGCAAGUACAAACUGCUCAAAACUAUUGGCAAAGGCAAUUUUGCCAAAGUCAAAUUAGCCAAACAUGUACCUACCGGGAAAGAGGUCGCGAUUAAAAUUAUUGAUAAAACACAAUUGUUACCCGGAAGUUUACAAAAACUUUUUAGAGAAGUUAGAAUAAUGAAAAUGUUGGACCAUCCAAAUAUAGUUAAAUUACUUCAAGUUAUAGAAACAGAAAAAACACUUUAUUUAGUAAUGGAAUAUGCUAGUGGAGGUGAAGUGUUUGACUAUUUGGUACUGCAUGGACGCAUGAGAGAAAAAGAAGCAAGAGCCAAAUUUAGACAAAUUGUUUCAGCAGUUCAAUACUGCCAUCAAAAAAGAAUCAUACACAGAGACUUAAAGGCUGAAAAUUUAUUAUUGGAUAGUGAAAUGAACAUUAAAAUAGCAGAUUUUGGUUUUAGUAACGAAUUCACUCCGGGUGGUAAACUUUACACGUUUUGUGGUAGUCCUCCAUAUGCAGCGCCUGAAUUAUUCCAAGGGAAGCGUUAUGAUGGACCAGAAGUAGAUGUUUGGUCAUUAGGAGUUAUUUUGUAUACUUUGGUUAGCGGUUCUUUGCCUUUCGAUGGUUCUACUUUGAGAGAACUGAGGGAAAGAGUAUUACGUGGCAAAUAUAGAAUACCAUUUUACAUGUCUACAGACUGUGAAAACUUAUUAAAAAAAUUCCUCGUUUUAAAUCCACUUAAAAGAGCGUCAUUAGAGGUUAUUAUGAAAGACAAAUGGAUGAAUUUGGGUUGCGAAGAUGAUGAAUUAAAACCUUAUGUAGAACCAGAACAAGAUUUCAAAGAACCUAAACGAAUAGUUUGUCGUGUUACAGAAAUAUUAGUUGGUAUGGGUUAUAGUCGUGCAGAAAUAGAAGAAAGUUUAUCUCAAGCCAAAUAUGAUGACAUAUUUGCCACUUAUUUAUUACUAGGAAGAAAAAAUAAUGAUCCUGAAAGUGAUGGUUCUCGAUCUGGUAGUUCAUUAUCCCUUAGAGGAAUCACUGGACCUAAUCCUAGUGUAAAUAAUACCAACAAUGCUGUGGCUGUGAAUAAUACAAAUCAAUCUCCAUCCCAUCGGGGUGUGCACAGAUCGAUAUCUGCUACCAAUUCCAAACCUAACAGAAGAGCUUCAUCUGGUGGUGAGACUUCUGCAUUAACCCCAAAUCAUCCAAAUUCAAGUAAUGUUACUGCUAAUAAUAGUACGUCAAACAAUCAACAGUCAACACAUAACUCUACAAAUAAAACAAGUACUACUAAUUCGACCAAUCACAAUCACAAUGUGGCCAUUCCAAGCACAAAUUUCAAACGUCAAAAUACUAUUGAUGCAGCUAGUAUAAAAGAAAAUACAGCCCGAUUAAACUCUAGACCUGAAAAUAUUAUAGGAACCAAACCACGGUCAAUGGCUCCAGGAGGAUCAGUAGGUAGAAGGAGUACAAUCAGUUAUGAUGCAAAAACAGCUGCAUCAACCCCACCUCCUGUGAUGGAUCCCGCAAGUGCGUUGGCUGUACCUAAUUCUGGUUCUGGAUGUGGAGAUAUACGAUCCAAAGGUCACGUCAAAUCUGCUUCUGUGUCUAGCACCACAGAACAUGCCACAGAACCUCCUGCCCACCCGAGGGUUGUAACAGUUUCACCAGCAUCACCAGCAGUCAAUAGUCGACAACCAUUCCCCAGGAAUGUGCCUAGUCGUCAGACUUUCCAUUCAGGUCAAAACCGACAUAGAGCAUAUGCUGGUGUUGGACCUACUAAUAAUACUGGCAGCCCACAUGAUCCAAAUGUACAAAGGCCAUCAUUCUUUUCUAAAAUAUCAUCCAAGUUUGUGAAACGGCCAAUGGAUCAAAAUCUGCCCAAAAAUAAUAUUGUUAGUAAUACAGUGAAUGACGAUCAAAUGAAACCCAGAUCGUUGAGAUUUACCUGGAGUAUGAAAACAACAUCAACAAGAGAUCCAAACGAAAUUAUGGCCGAAAUACGUGAGGUACUGGAUGCCAAUAACUGUGAUUAUGAGCAACGGGAGCGUUUCUUGUUACUGUGUGUGCACGGAGAUCCGAACACAGAUUCGCUGGUUCAGUGGGAAAUUGAAGUGUGCAAGCUGCCCAGAUUGUCACUAAAUGGCGUUCGUUUCAAGCGCAUAUCGGGAACGUCUAUAGGAUUCAAAAAUAUUGCUUCAAAAAUAGCCAACGAUUUAAAACUCUGACUACACACCGAAAACCUAUCGCUGAACGCAUAGGUUUUGUCUCUUAAUGCAUACACUUUUAUACACACUCACACACACACAAAUGUAUAUACAUAACGAGAAGUGAUUACGUAAUGUUGUUGCGGUAUUAUAAUGCCCGUCAGAUACCCAAUUAUAUGCAUAUUUAAAGGGUGAAAAAAAUCUUGAGAGGUACAAAAUGCAUUAACCUUGUAUAUCAGAGACAUUUUGUAAAUUUUAAUAAUAAUUUUGUUUUCGUUUUCGUAUUAUGAUUAUUAGUCAAUGAAUUGGAUUUAAU